AUGAACAGUCGUAUACGAACUAUUGUAUUAUAUCGUGGUGUUGCGUCGGAUUCUUUAAGAAACGAGAGUUACUCCGAAAAGCCACAACCUUCUCGACACCCGCUGGGUUUCAGUAUUGUCGGUGGCAUAGAUUCUCCACGUGGUCCUAUGGGAAUAUACGUAAAAACUGUAUUUGCCAAUGGACUAGCUGCAAAGACUGGCCUUAUUUGUAAAGGCGAUGAAAUUUUAAGCGUAAAUGGUGUGGAGCUAAAGGGAAAAACGCACGCAGAAGCAUUACGAAUAUUUAAAAAAAGUUCGCAAAUAAACGUAACAUUGUGUAUUCGUAGAAAUAUUUCGAACUCACCCAGACAACGCAAAAUUUUCGAAUAUGCCAAGAAAACAUUUGAGAACGAAAAAUUAAUGUACCCAGCGACAGCAACAUCAUCUGCUUGUCCAAAGUGCUUCAAUCCAGUUCCAAAUCUGCAGCACAAAAUGCACGUCAAUGCAGGAACACCUGUAAGUCAAGUUCACUUAUUCUUAACACGCUCAUCAUUUCCCUGA